UUAUCCAUGCUGACCCCAUCUAACCCUAACAUCCAGCUAUGUCCCCAGAAUGAGCAGUUGAAACCACGCCCAGCGCUCUGCCAUUGGUAGGACAGUGAGGCGCUGUCAAAGAACUUCGGCUCAUUAGUGUACCAUGUGCUAGGCAGCACAGACCUUUGACAAUUUUCAUUAAAACAGGAUUUCUUCGCUCCUCUCUGCCCUCACUCCUUAGUGUCACAGCAGUUUCUUAGCGAGAUCCGAAGAAAGCUUGCCGUAUGGUGCCAAAGUGCGCUGUCCUUUCCUUAGUGGAUAGGCUACAUCCUUGUCUUCGUCCCCAUAUCUGGAGACCACCGGACAUUUGCAUUCCCUCUUAGGAUCUCUCGGUGUUUUUUUUUUUUUGUUUGUUUUUUUUCAAAUUUUCCAAAACUGACAAACUCUGGCUGUUUGGAUGUGGAUAUCCGUGCGCCUGCAGCAGGUGUGCUAAGACUUUUUAGUAUCGACCUGUUGGGUUCGGAUGCCCUGAUGAGAGAUCCAGUUCACAGAGUAGCUUCCAUGGCUUACCAUCCUUUUCAAAAUAACCGACCAGGUGCCUUGCCCUUGACAGCCUUCCUUGCCUCUGCUCAGCCCUCGUUUUUCCCUGCAGUGGCUUUCCCAGACGUCGCCUCUCUCUCCGAGUCUCUGUCGGAGCAGGUUGCCCCUGACGCGCGGUUGCACGCAGUUCUGGGGCGCCAACACCAGCCCGUCCACCAGCUCUCCUUGAAGGGCAUGCAGCCAGAAGAAGGCCCGGAGGAUGACCCGAAAGUUACCCUAGAAUCAAAGAAUUUGUGGAAAGAAUUUCACAAAAUGGGGACUGAGAUGGUCAUCACAAAAUCAGGAAGGAGGAUGUUUCCGCCUUUCAAAGUGCGGGUAGAGGGGCUGGACGAAACAGCAAAAUAUAUCCUGCUGAUGGACAUAGUCGCUGUUGAUGACAGUCGCUACAAGUUCCACAACUCCCGCUGGAUGGUGGCUGGAAAAGCUGACCCGGAGAUGCCAAAGCGCAUGUACAUCCACCCGGACAGCCCGUCCAAGGGAGAGCACUGGAUGAGCAAGCCCGUUGCUUUUCAUAAACUCAAACUCACCAAUAAUAUAUCAGACAAGCAUGGAUUUACAAUUCUGAAUUCAAUGCAUAAAUACCAACCCAGAUUUCAUAUCGUGAGAGCCAACGACAUAAUGAAACUUCCAUACAGCACCUUCCGAACGUAUGUUUUCCCCGAGACGGAGUUCAUCGCUGUCACAGCAUAUCAGAAUGAAAAGAUCACACAGCUAAAAAUCGACAACAAUCCCUUUGCCAAAGGGUUCAGAGACACAGGAAAUGGGAGACGAGAAAAGAGGACUAAGCAGUUACCCAUUUCCUCCUCGCAUGAGAACCAGAGCAAAGCGGAUCGGGAAUGUGCGGAUUCUGACGACUCAUAUGAACAGCCCGGCACCAGUGAUCCGUUUCAUUCCCCUCAGGAGCCAAUGAGCAGCCCCCUGAUGUCUACGCCAACCUGCCAAGAUGAGAACACUGGAAGUGAUUCAGAUAUUGACUUACAAGACGAGGACAUUACUGAGACCAGCUGCUCAAGGACUGAAUAUUCAUCUACAUUGAGUCUGAAGAGCGAGGACAUACUGUGGAACAGGUCUGCCGUCAAUCAGAGCAACGACAAUCAGGACACCGCAAAAGACAAAGCAAUAUUUAGAACAUCAGGUGAUAAGUAUUCUACGGAGGUGGAUUCUUCAAAAAACCACACGAGUGAAGUCAAAGAUGGGGUCCUUCCUAUGAUGAUGCAAACAGGGAGCACGUCAUCCCUCAGCGUUGGUCACCUUCAGAACUUGGCUCUCUCGAACAGUCAACAAUUUCUUAAGCUUGGAUCACCUUGGGUUUUUCAUCCUGGACAUUUGUCAGUGAAGCCAGACACUUUUCCCACUACAGGGAUAGGACAUCCGUUUUCCUCUUUGUCAGGAGUAAAUGACCUAGAAAAUGGGGGCCUUUCAUCUCAAAGCAUCACCUCCCCAUCUCCCUUCAUGUUUCACCUGUCACAGAACAUGUUGGCAUCUCAGGGAAUCUCAUUAUCACCCUUGGGAGGACUGUUCUCAUAUCCAUACCACUACAUGGCAGCACCAACUGCAAUUGCUCCAGCUCUCCCCACGUGUUCUGCCACCUCUACGCUCGCCAGAAACCACUGUUUUCGCAGCUCGCGGCCUUGGUCACGAUUCAGCCCUUAUCAGAUGCCCACCCCUGUCACCUCAAGCCAAAACUUACUCACAACCAGAUUGCCUGCCAGUUCAAAUUCACAGUCUGAGCUGUAUAAAUCAGCCAGCAGAGAGUCAAGUCCGGUGUCCGACAAUCAUGGUUACAAAACCAAGACCAAGCAGAAGACAACUCCACCCAAACCUGAUGUUAAGAGUUCCACUGAUGAACUGCAACACAUGCAUAGUUUUGUAAACGGACCUGAUAAACCACUUCCCCCACAAUUAUAGACUCACUAAUUGUGAGUUUAUAAUUAAAGACACAUGGGAAACUUUAUAAAGUUGCACUGUAACAAAUACUGCUAGUAUAUUGCUGCUAUUUCUCAUUGAUUUGGUGAUUUGCAGGUAAAAAAACACCUACGUCUGUGUUAAAAAUAUGGCUUAAUUACAAUUUUCUGCAGUUAAGCACACACAAAAUAGAUCAAAUGAUCAGCUUGUCAUCAAGCUUUGCAGAAGCCUGAUAAUGACCAAUUCAUUUGAAUCAGGUGUGUUGGAACAGGGAAACAUCUAAAACAUGUAGGGCAGGGGUGCCCUAGGACCAGGAUUGAAAAACACUCUGACCUAAACUUUUAAAAAUUAUUCACUUCCAUCUAAUUUUAACCAAAUGUAUCCUGGUUCUAACCUCAUAAAAUACAUCACCAAAUCAAUGCUUACUUGGAAGUCUUAUGAAAGUAUUAUGAAAACAGAUGAAGUAAGGACAAAAUGAAGGAUGCUCACUGGAAUUUCUUUGUUGAAAAUGAGAUAUGCAACACUCAAAGCCCAGUGUGAAAUGCUCUAUAGAUGGACAAUAAUGUGCUUUAAAUAUGAAUAAUACACAGAUUUUUGUUGAUUCUUUCUGUACAAUUGUGUAAAUAUGUUGUCUUUGUCAUUCCACAUACUGUAUAAAACAUGAAUAAUCAAAGCCUUUUGAGACUGAACACGUUUCAGAUAUCUGACCCUGCCAAUGAGAUAUGAGGAAAUUGUAUACUACCUGCACACAGUUUCACAUUUCAUUUGUUGAUGUACCAAAGCAACACAGAGGACUCAGGUUUCUUUUUUUUCACCAGCACUUAAAAAAAAUGUCUUCAGUACAGGUAAUCUGGCAGUUUGACUGCCAAAUUAUUCAGGUAUUUUUUGUGUGUGUGUUCACAUUUCAUCUGGUUGUCUUAAUAUGUUGACAAUAAAUGGAUAUAUUAUUGUUA